AUGGCAGAUGAAGUUAUAGGUAAAAGAGUGAUCUGCGAGGGAUUUCGCGGAGUAAUAAAAUAUGUCGGGGAAGUUCCUCCUACCUCAGGUAAGUGGGUAGAUUAUUUGUUCAAUUCGAUCAACAAUGAGGUAAAAGAAUGCCUAUGUGCGCGCAAACCCACUGAUACCUGUCAUAGAGAUACCGAAAACUACGAUAGCGUGCAUUCAGUGCUUGUUGAAUGUUUGAAUUGAUUUACGUAUUCAUGUAUGUUAGACACUCAGAAAUGUAGUAACGAAAUGAAAAACACAUAUUGCUGACCCCAAUUAUUCAUGACAUGUUUCUACAAUAAAUGAAUUUAAGGAAUAGCUAAAGUAAGAAAAAAACUUUUACCAGCGUACAUAUAUAAGAAGUAUCAAAACGCAAUAAAGGGGUGCACUGAGUUACUCGGAUACUGACAUUGAUCCAAAUUUGUUUAGAAGAGUCCUGAUCAGGUUGCUCGCCAGCAGAGAAGGGUGAAAUUUGCGGUGGUCCGCCAUCUAGAAGGCAAAUUGUACUUAAAGUGCAAUGAGGGUUUGACUGGCUGCUUUGUCUAUGAGAGGUGAAAAAUUGAUGCCAACUCUGAUUCCUUGGUUUUGAACUGGUCUCAUAGUUGGAAGAAAAUGUUACAUGUGUUUCAGGCAAAGUCAUCACAGUGUAUAGAAAAUCUUACUAAGUUAUCCUAAAGAAAGACUCCUUAAGUUCAUGAAAAAUAAUCAAAACAUGGAAUUCAUGAUAUUUUUUAGGUGAGUGGUAUGGUAUUGAAUGGGAUGAUCCGGAUAGAGGCAAACAUGAUGGAACACAUGAAGGGGUGAAAUAUUUUGAAUGCAGGUAAUGUUUGACAUUCACUCUAGAUCAUUAAGCACAAGGCUACUGCAUCUCCUCAUGACAGAGUGAUUGGCCUGCAAUAGUUCAGCUUGAUCUCUAUGGAGUGUAGCAAUACUCUUGGUCAUUACAGUUUGUGAACAUGUAGCCCUAAUUAAAGAAGACAUAAUUUAAUUCUAAGCUUGACUGAUUGACUUAGUCAAUCAGUUAUGAAUGUUUAAUUUUAAAGUGUCUGUAGCCUAAUGAUUUUGUUGCCCUCCAUCAGUCUGAUGACCAUGGAAGAGAAUACUAGUUGUCUGCUCUAUUGGAGCAGCUCUGUUUGUGACUGAACAGGCCAAUGUGCUAUUGGAACUGUUGUUUUUCUUGUGGGUCCUCUUCUCUUCCUCUGUGGUGAUCAGUCUUUUCUCUCAACAUAUGAUUACAGGCAUCCAAAGAGUGGCUCCUUUGUCAGACCAAAGAAAGUAGACUUUGGUAUCAGCAUCAUAGAUGCUCUAAAGGAACAGUAUGGGCUGGGUGGGGAUGGAAUCAACCCAGAGGACAUGUAUGUCAUAAGCGGUAAGAACAAGAAAAAGCCUGUAGAGAUGGUUGGCGCAGAUUCUAUUCAGGAAAAACAAAGGUACUCAUUGUUAUUUGUAGAAGACAGGCUCUGUGUGAGUUGUGGAAAAUUAACAAUUGUAUCAUUUUCUAGGCCUGGAAAGUUACAGAGUUUGUGUGAAAGUCAAGAAAUGAAUGAAGAAGUGAUGGAAAAUGAUUUUUGUGGGAACAACACAGAGAGGAAGAGCUUGCUUGAAUAACCACUUUCAGGUCCCUUUGAAACCAAUCUGAAUCAUAGAUUAAGGAAAGAAUUGUGAAUAAAAGCCCUUUUAUAAGUCAUACAAUGUGAUGGAGUCUUCUUUGUGAAAAAGAGUCUUUACUCCCGAUUUCUAACAGAAACAAAUGCCUCAUAAUAUGCUUCUGAACUACAAUUUAUUUCUCUUAACCAAUUUUACUUCAUCUUUUUCAAGUCAAAACAUCCAAAGUAUACAACAUCAGUUCUUCUUCUGUAGCAGUUGUUAAUAAUUAACCAGCAUAUUGAUCCUCCAUGAUUACAAUGAUUUAUUGAUGUCAUGAUACUGGGAUUAAAUCUUCAGCAACUACAAGGAACUAACAGUGGUUAGUCUACGAGGAAUGGCAGUUAGUGGACCAGAUAAAGAGAGUGAAUUUUACACAAUAGCACCACGUAUCCUGAAUUUAAAUUAGUAGCUGUAACUGGAAACACUAGCAAAAUAUAAGAAAACAAUACAAACAUAUAAUUUUUUUCUGUGCAAACUUACCGUAAUUAUAGUGACAUAGUAAUUUUUCUUAGUCUGGGAUGUUUGUGGGAGGAUCUCUGCUCUUUUUCAUGAGGUCGGAAUGAUAAGCUUACCCAAGUAAGCUUAUCUACAGUUAGCUAAUUGGAAGAAAUGAAGAUUGCUCCUUCCUGAAUUUUGAAAUGUUAUUUCUAUUAAGUCUCUGACUUUAAAGCCUCUUAAAGCCAACUGUCCCCUUUUAGAAGUGAUGGUAUAUAUAUAUAUUUUUUCACUCAAGUACAAUAGAAGGCCAUCUUAAUUUCUUCUUAACUUGAUUUAGUUGUAUCCGAGUUUGACCUGUCUGGUACUCUUAUAUCUUCAUGGAGUGAUGUUGCUUUAAUAACAAAAAAUUUACACCAACUACAGACAAUUCAUCUUAAGUAAGUUAUUUUGCUUGAAGAUGCUUCCAUUUUUAUAAUGUCUGAAUGAGUUUAGGUGCAUGUCAACUACUUUUGAAAACAUAAGAUAAUUGCCCAAGCAAUUUGACCAUUUUUGUGUUGGUUAACAUUUUUUUGUUUUUUUUUUUUCAUUUUCCAGUGAAAAUUUUCUAAAAUUACCUCAAAACCCUGAACAGCUGAUGCCAUCAUUUAGCACAGUAUCAGUCAUGUUUCUCAACAGAAUGAGGCUUCAAUGGAAUGAGGUGAAGGAAACAUUGAAUAUCUUCAAGUGUCUAUGAAAGUUUUUUGGGGGGAAUUGUAAACUGCUCAAUGUAGUCUGGCCAAGGGAUAUUUGUAACCUGUGAACAUACUGCAAACAGAGAUAAAAGCUGUAGUUAUGUGGAAUUAAAAAAUUUAUAAAUAAAUGCAAUUUUAAAAUGUAGUGUUACAUGUACUGUUGAUUUAAGUUUUUUUUCCUCAACUGCAUGUUUUAGAAAUUAUAAGUUUUCAGUUAAGUUGAGGAGAAACAUAAACUUUGACAAGGAAUUUUGCAAUUGCUGUGGCUUUGCCUCAUUCUAGUUAUUUUGCAUAGUGUUCUAAAAUUUAGUUACAUAUGAUUUUGAUGUUUGUUUUAUCAUUUUCUUGUCGAUUGUAGGUAGAAGUUAUUGUAAGCAUGAUGCCCUCACUUAAAGAGCUUCAUGCUUGUCACAACUUCUUGAACAAUCUGAGGUAAAUUGUAGAGUUUUUAAAAUGUCUUUUCCUUGUAUGAUGGACCAAGGUUUUGUGAUGGUAGAACACUGGAUCUCAGAUUGACAUCAGCCCUUUGGUUUUCUUUCCUGUUCUCGAAACCUGAAAUGUGAGAAAGUAUUGUGGCCUGAAGACGCCACUGUAUACUUGUUCUUUUUCACUACUGUUUCUAGUGUUUGUUGUCAUCUGUUCCCCUUGUUCAUCCCUAGGCAUCAAAGCAGAGCAAUCACUAUUGAUGAAUGCAGCUUGAGUUUUACAGCCAAUGACAUCUUGGCUAAAAUGACCCAUCAGUUUUCACUUUUUCAAGACUUGUGGCAUUCAUCUGACAAACAAUAUCAUGGAAUAUCAGAUUAUGUAUUCAUACUGGUAGAUGAAUGACACUGGACAUUCAAUGGGCAAAAAAAAUUUUGCAGGGAAAAAGAUGGUCAACUCACUCAGCUGCAAGCACUCCAGAAUAUAGAACUUCUCAACCUAGAGGGAAACAGGCUAUCAGAUUGGAAAACGAUUUUGAGACUAGGGCAUUUACCAAGGUAAUAAUCACAAAUAUUAUCCAAGGCACACACUUAAAAACUUUUCCCCUCCAGUGGUAGAUAUGUUAUGUUUUCCAUUAAGCCAUUUAUAAUGAUCUGUGUUUUCCCAUCAUCAUGUCUACAUACUGGUUUAAUACAAAACCCUAAGUUUCUCCAUUGUUAAUUAUCUGUUCAAAAUUCUUUUUUUUUCAGACUGAAAUGUCUUAUUUUAAAUGACAAUGGCAUAAAGAGUGUUGAAUUGGGAAACAAGGUCCAAGGUUAGUACAUCAAGUACAUGGAAGUAUUGUUGUAUUUUGUGGUUUUCAUCAUAAAUUUAACAGUCUGUGUAAAUUUGUUUCAUUGUUCCUUUAGACAGGACAGAUGGUGUUCCUCUCUUCUCAUCAUUAGAAUCUCUCUCCCUAAGCAACAACAUAAUAACUGAGGUAAGUUAUGUUUCCUUUGGCUCUAUCGAGUUUUUGACGCAUUUAAACUGAACUUUUCAAGGGUUAUGCCAAUCUUUGGAAUCUCAAAUCGCAGUCAGUGUCGUAAUUUCACAUACACUAUUGUGGUUUGGGGAACAUACUUCACCUGCAGCAAUACUACUUUCCAUUGUGUUUGCCUGGCUAUUUACAGACAGAAAUGUUUGGUUGAUGGGACAAGUAAAGUAAAAUAUUUGCCAGUUCUCAAAUUCUGCUUUUCUCUGUCCAAUUUAAGCUACAAAGUAUCAACGAGUUGAAUCACCUUCCUUCAUUGAAUGGUUUACGCUUCAAAGGGAAUCCUCUCUUUCAAGGUACGAAUUACAAAUGGCUGCAUUUGCUACAUUUUUGAAAAUUGUUUCGAGCAACAAGUUAAAAAAUCGUUUUUUUUUUUUCUCUCAGAUGAAACCACGUUCGAAAGUCGUCAAGAACUGCUGGCACGUGUUCCUUCGCUAACAUCCCUCAAUGGAAGCCCGGUUAGUCCCUCCAAAAUUUCAGUUUCGGUUCUUAAAUUAUUCAACAUCAGCCAUUUUAAUAGGCUAGAAAACCCAGUUUUAAGAGCAUCUCUUUAUUAAGAAAAGUCUUUCUUAAGGAAAUUCACACAAAAAAUGAACGUAACAAUUUGCGUUGGUUAUUCUGUUGUUUCUGUUUUUGUUUUAUAAAAUUUAUAGAAUUCUUGAAAUGUUAAGGUAAUUACGGUUGCGGUUGGUCGCAGGAUUGGUCGCUGGUGUCACUAGUGCAGAAGCGGGAAAAUUUUCGUGUGAGCUUGUCCUUCAUUGGCUAAAUAAAGAGUGCUUACGUUGUGAUUGGUUCCGACUUGUGGCAAGCGCGUCAAGAAGCGUUAUCAUUUUUCAAACUGUUCAAUCUGUAUCUUUUGCUAUAUCGUUACCGUUUAAUGUGUUGUUUUCAAAGUGCUGCUUUUUUUUUUAAAAUCGUAUUUUAGGUGAAUUCUAAAGAAAGAGAAAUAGCAGAGCGAGCGUAUUUGAAGAAAUACGCUACUUCAUGGGUUAACGCCGGUGGAAUGCCUGGGAAAGGAGAGAAAAGUGUGCUAAAACCUGAAUUUAUCGAAGCUCACCCUAGAUAUGAAGAACUCGUUGAAGGUUUGUUUAUUAUGCACAAUUCUUUAAAAUUAUCCAGGUUUCUAGAUAAAAGUGGUUGUUGCGAUCAUUCUUGCUUGCAGUUAGAAAAUGAAACUUCCAGAUUUGCCUGAGCAAAGCGACAGUAAGAUUUCUGGAAUAUCUUGGAAUUUUCACUUUUGAUACUCUCUGAGGUUAAUUUUUUCGGUUCCAAUGUUUAAUUUUUUUCUUUGUAUUUCAGUUCACGGUGUUCCUUCUGAAGCUGAAAGAAACCAUUCCUCGUCAAAGACUCUGAAAGACUCUUUAAUUUGUAUCCUUAACAUCCCUAUCUUUAGGGUUGGCCUCGGUUAGGAAACUAAUAAAGUCGUGGAAUUUUGUAUGAUCAAAAUAUCCUCUAGGCUCAUUGUCUAGAGAAUAGGGUUGGCACGGGUCAGGAAACUAAGAAAGUCGUGGAAUUUUGUAUAAUCAAAAUAUCCCCUAGGCCGCUAACCUAGAAAGUUAUGGAGAUAGAAAGAUAUUUUUUCUGUGUAGAGCAAGUAAAAAAAUGCCACCAGAGCAUGAUCGUUUUCACAUUAUUUGGAACCAAUCUCUCAACUUUAAUUUCGGGUCUUAGAUAACAUCGAGAAAGUUCCGAAAAAGUUUAGGAAAGUCAUCGUAAUUUUUUGGGCUAGAAAAAGCAUUAAUCCUCAUUUAUAAGCUAGAGGUUUAAAUUUCAGAGGUGCUUUGGUCCAGUUUCAUAAGGUUAAAUUUCUUAACACAAUUUUUGUAAAGCUGUGACAAUUACAUGCCCUGAUGCCCCUGAUAAAAAGUCUGUCACAAAGAAAUUACCUGGUAUGAGGCUAUUUCAAUGUACGACUCCGCUGCAAGUAUUCCAGAGACAAGACAUCUUUCAUAAACACAUUUGUUGUUUUCACUUUGGCCAAUGUAUCAACUAUGGUUUCAAAAUUCUAGAUAAAUGUUUGAUAUUGGAGGAACGAAUAUGAAAUAAGCUUUAAUAAGCUCUACUGGACAUUAUGAACAUUUUUACGAAAAAAUGUUAUUGAGUGCACGUAAAUCGCAGUCGCUUUAAUUUUGAUAUGAUUUAAUUCAAAUUCAGUUUGAUCCAAGUCUAUUGCUUUUCAGAGUAUUUCAGAAAUAUAGUAAGCUUUUGAUAGCCGUACAGGUUCAAUUUUUUCGUCUUUUUUCAGGAACUAUGACAAUCGGAAAAGUCAAAGGAUUACUUUAUCGAUUGUUCAAGGUGGACAGCUCUGAUCAGAAGUUGUCUUCGGUAGACAGCAAAGUAAGUAGAAAACAGUAUUGCCUCCAAUAGGACUUUUAAAAAGGGACCUGAAAUGCAACGUUUUCGAGCUAAGGGCUUGUUUUCUUUUUACAGCUGGGUCGGGAGGUGGAUUUAGAUGAUGACCUCCGACAACUUACGUUUUAUUCUGUGCAAAGUGGAGACACUAUCUAUCUUCGGUGGUGAUUAUUACGCGAUGACAAGUUUCAGAUGAAAGCUACUGUUAUGACCUCGACCAAAGUAUGCAUAGCUUUCUUACACGAACCAGUCACGAUUGACUUUUCAGCGCUCCCCCUCCCUUAUCCACUCCCUCUUUUCCCUUCCAUCCUGGAAGGUUGUUAAAAUUGAGCAAGUCUGUUCGUUGUUACUCCGAACUAACGCUAUUUGCUAAAAGAGAUGGCAAAUCUCUUAGUUAAUUCAAUAGUAAUAACUCACUAAAGUAAUGUUUAGUUAUUGCGGGAGUCAGUCAAGAAACGGUGCCGAAAUGACGCUGUCUUGAAAAGCUUGUGAGGUGAUUUAAUGAAAGCAACACAGCAGUUGGCUUUUAAGUAGUCUAUGCCCUGUCACAUCCAUGUCACCCUUAAAUUACCUGGUCUUGUGUAUAAGGUCUAUCUGCCUCCUAGAAGGCACCUAAAUGUUUUCCUUGAAGAAUUUACUUUACAUUGAAUGUGCUUCAAUUUCGUUAUCCAUUAAAUCUACUCUAACACCACUAUCAUCUCUCUUUUGGUAAUGAAAAAAUGCUCGAUUAGUUCCUUCUGAAUAAACCUUUCUGUAUGUUCCGAGGAUCAAGGCGAUUCGGUGCCUUUUUCGCAAACAAAUUAUUUUUCCAUUUUUUUCCAUCAUUGGCUUGAGCGCAUAACAACGCAAUUUUAGCCAGUGUCCUUGUCGGUUGGUUUGCGUUCUUCCCAGUCUGUAAAGACCACAGGAGACCCAUCAUUCCACUGGGUGAAAAUAACACAGCAGAAGUGACAAAGUCUUGUUCAGAAGCAGAUUUUAGUGUAACUAGGUGAGCGCCAACCGAUUGACACUGUUCGUAAGCAGCUUGCCUCUUCACCUUUGAUGGAAAAACCUUGUAACAGGAACCAGAAAAGUGCAUCCAGCCAUCAGUUAGGCUACAAGGCUCAGCUAACGAAGAGUAAAACAAUUAAUUUUUGGGGGAUCAAGAAAAGGUCUCCAGAUUAAGGAAGAAAAUAUGGAGCGAAUCCCAUAGUUUUUAAAAGUGGCCACAAUUGUUUUUUAGAAAUUCAUGACCCUGUUACGUUUUGAGGGGGCUCAGAUAAGGAGGGGUUAUUGAUGAGGUAUAAACACUUAAAGCAAACAG